UCCUCUCACCUCCUCUUUUCACCUGUUGAGGGUUUUUUUCUACACUGUGGAUCCCUCCAUCACCUGUCACCAUGACAACCUCCGCCCUGCGCCGGCAGGUGAAGAAUAUUGUGCACAACUAUUCAGAAGCAGAGAUCAAGGUGCGUGAGGCCACGUCCAACGACCCCUGGGGUCCGUCCUCCUCGCUCAUGUCAGAGAUCGCUGACUUGACCUUCAACGUGGUGGCGUUUGCUGAAGUGAUGGGCAUGGUGUGGAAACGCCUCAACGACAGCGGCAAGAACUGGAGACACGUCUACAAGGCGCUGACUCUGCUGGAUUACCUGCUGAAGACGGGAUCAGAGCGAGUGGCCCAGCAGUGCCGAGAGAACGCCUUCACUGUUCAGACGCUGCGUGACUUCCAGUACGUGGACCGUGACGGCAGGGAUCAGGGCGCCAACGUGAGGGAGAAAGCCCGCCAGCUGGUGUGUCUCCUCCGGGACGAGGAGCGCCUCCGCCAGGAGAGGAGUCAAGCCCUGAAGACCAAGGAGCGCAUGGCCGGGGGAGGCAGCGGAGGAGGAGGAGGAGGUGGGGGAGGAGGGGGAGGCGUGUACGGAGGGAUCCCCCCCUCCUACCACCCCGGCAGGAGGACCAGCCAGCCCAGCAUGGCCGUGCUGUACGGGGAGGAGUUCAGCCGCUCCAGAGGAUCCCCGUCCUCCUUCAACUCCUCGUCCUCGUCUCCUCGCGCUGCCUCCGACCUGGAGCAGGCUCGCCCUCAGACCAGCGGGGAGGAGGAGCUGCAGCUGCAGCUGGCUCUGGCCAUGAGCAGGGAGGAGAGCCAGAAGGAGCAGUGCUGUCGCCAAGGAGAUGAGUCUCUGCUACAGAAGGCCCUGGAUGAGAGCAGGAGAGAGAGUCAGUCAGGGACGCAGGAGUCGGCCAUGUUGGACCUGGUGGAUAUUUUUGGCCCCUCGUCUGAGGCCCCCCCUCAUCCUGCUGACCCCUGGAACUCCGCCCAGCCCUCGGCUGACGUGACCUCUGACCCCUGGGACUCUGUAGCCGUCCACUCCAGCACUCCUGUGAUUGGCAGCCCUUGGAAGGCCCCGCCCCCUUCCUCCGAGGCGUCCAAUCCCUGGGCUCCGUGUGGCAGCUCGGGCCCCUGGGAGACAGCGCCCGCCUCUUCCAGUCCUGUCAAUCACGCCUGGGACAGCCCAACAGACCCAGGUGGUGAUGGGACGGAUCCGUUCGCUGCACAGGAAGAGGAGGAGCCUAAACAGGAAGUCCCUCAGGUGUCCUCCCCUCAACCUGCUAGCCCCACAGAUGCUGAGCUGUUUGGGGUGAAGUCAGACUCUGACCCGUUUGCUGCCUCAGACCCGUUUGGGUCGGACCCCCCGGUGAGACCGCAGGUCAACGGCCGGGAGUCGUCCAGCCCGGAGAUGUUCGACCUGUCCCGGCUCGCCCCCCCGCUCAGCGCCCCGCCCACCCGGGUGUGUCGGACCCCGGAGGCCUUCCUGGGCCCUACGGGGGCCUCGCUGGUCAACCUAGACGCCCUGAUCCCCUCCAACCCCCCCAACAAGCUGCACAACAACCCCUUCCUCUCAGGUGUCAGCGCUCCGUCCCCCACCAACCCCUUCCACCUGGACCAGCCUCGCCUCACCCUCAACCAGAUGCGCCCGUCCUCUACCUCCCCCCUGCCCCCCCACAUGCUGUCCUACAGCCCCUCCCUGCCCCUCCCCCUGCCCCACCAGCCCCCCAUGCUGCCCUCCUCCCUCACACAGCCUCCCUCUGGACUCCUGGACCUCCCCUCCAACCUCCCUCAGCCCCUGCUGCCCCUUUCCCCUCGCCCGGCCCAGCGCAGCCAGUCUCAGACACACAGCCACAACCCCUUCCUCUGA